GGGAGCGCCGCUAAACCCGGGAGCGCAGAGGGCCCCACCGUCCUUUCUCAUCGCGGACGGACGGAGGUCGGAGGUCAGAGGUCGGAGGUCGGGACCAUGAGCGGCCGCGAGCGUCUGGGUCCCGCGCCUGCGGGGACGAGCGCCCAGCCCUGGUACAGAGAGAAGUUGCCGUCCAAGUCGUUGCGCCGGGGCAAGGGCCGCCUGCUCUUCCCCGACGCCCUCAACAGCCGCGGGUGGAAGUUCCUGGAAGGGGGUGUCCCCGAGGGCCGCGGGCCCCGGCCCCCCGACGGCAUCGUCCGCAGGGCCUUCCUCCCGCCCCUGGUCCGCCACGGGCCCUCACCGGCGGCCCCGACGCCCGGCCCGGCCCGCGGGAAGGUCCGGGAGAAGAUGAGCGAGGCCUCGGCGCGGGCCUCCAAGCUGUCCGCCUUCCAGAGGGCCCGCCGGGCCGACGUCGGCCAGCUCGAACGGCGGCUGGCACGGCAUCCCCUCGCCCACUACUCCCAUCUUGAAGGCCACGUCUCCCCCGAGCUGUUUGCCCAGGUCCUGGAGCUGCUCGACCCGGAGAAGAAGCUGCCGAAGGAAUGGGCCCAGCGGUCACAAGGCCGGAGAGUCUGGCCGGAGUCCGCCCCACGCCAAAAAACAGCGGUCCGUUUGCCAGCCCGCCCCAAGAGGACCCCGCCCCAGAAUCCCUACAGACGGCUCUCUGAGGGAAAGAAGACAGCAGAAGACGCCGCGUACGGCUCCCCGCCGCUGGAUGAAAAUGUACAGCGGGCAACUAAAGAGUUUUGUGACUGGGUGGCUUCUUUGGGUGGGGCCGAGAACCUCCAGGACGAAUCCGCCAUCCGGAACCUGUUCGUCCCCGGCUACGACGUCCCACGGAGCUUCCCGACGCGCGUGGUGGAGCUGGACAACGUCCCGGAGGAGCUGAAACGGCGCCUGGGCCCCCGACUGCCGGGCCCCGCUGCGGCCGGGCCGGCCCGCGGCAAGUCUCAGGACCCUUACAGGCCCGGCUCGGAGAAGAUCCGGUACGGAGCCUGGUACCUCAGUCCCAAGCUGUGGAAAAAGCAAAGAGCUGACGAACCCCUGAAAGACCCCAAGGUUGAACUGGCUGCCCAGGAGGAAGAACUGAGAAAGGCUCCUCAGGAAAAGGACUACCAGAUCCUGGAACUCCACGGAAUCAUGGCCUUCAUGGAAUUCAUCGAAAGCAAAGGCUACAGGAUGCCAAACUUCCUCAGUAAGAUAUUAGCCCAGAAGGAGCUGAAAGAAGCCUCGGAGGCGACUUCUCAACGCUCCCCGGAGAGACCGCGGUACAAGAAAAGGAAAAGCCGUACCUCUCCCAGACCCAAGGCGUGAGAGCGUAUGGCUUUUGCUCGACUUUUCUCAGAGCUUUGCCCUCCCCCGUCCUUCGGACAGAACCCGAAACAUUAAAUGAGCCCUUCGGUGGAGGUCCGGGAGGGUCGCCCUGUCUCCGAUCCCUAUCCCUGGCUUUCUUCCCGGAGCCUCCGGCCCGUUGAUUUUCUGGAACGGCUCUGCUCCGGCCUACCGCCUGUCUGCUGAUUCUGGACCGAGGGUCAAUCAAUCCUAUUGAUUGAACACUUCCUGUGUGCAGAGCACUGGACUAAGCGCUUGGGAAGCCCAA